AUGAAGAAAAAUGAAAUGAAUAAUCCUCAUAAGUUAAGUAGCAGGUGUACUAAAAUGUUGCACAGAACAAGACAAAAUAGCUUUAUGAUUGACACGUUUUCUUCAGCAUCUCCACGGGAUGCGACAAAUUAUUCUUCAUUUCCAAUUUGUGAAGGUUUUAUAAAAGAAAAAAAAUCUAACAAUGUCACCUCACCUGGGACAAUAAUUUCAGUCAAUUAG